CUCAGGCCCAGGGCCCAGGCCGGCUGAGCGCUCUGUGCUGGACGGAGAUGGCCUGGGUGCUGGUCGCUGCCUUUUGCCUUCUGAGCGGUGCCUACGCCCAGGAGUGGGGUGUGACACUCGCUCCAGGGCCUGUUGAAAGAUGGGCCGGCUCCUGCGUGACCAUCCCCUGCUCCUUCAUCUACCCCGCAGGGUGGACGGUCAGUGCCGUGAUCUGGACACGGGACGGGAAUCAAACCGUGUAUCACUCGGACGAGGCUCGUGUCCACGCUGCCUUCAAGGGGCGCGUCCGCUACCUGGGGGACCAGCAGGACAACUGCUCCCUGCGGGUGGCGGGGCUGCGCCCCAGCGAUCGGGGCACCUACCGCUUCCGGUUCUACGCAGCAAGCGAUGGCAAGAGUGACACAUGGACGGGUCAGCCAGGACAGCGGCUCAGUGUCUCCGAGCCGCUGAGACUGACCCUGCAGCCAGCAUAA